AUGGUCGUGCUGCUCUCCCGCCCUCCACCUCUAAUAGUCGUGCCGCUGUCCCUCCCCAACCCUGAUAAUCGUGUCGCUCUCCUACUCCGCACACCAAUGGCCGUGGCGCUGUACCGCUUCCACCCUGAUAGUCAUGCCGCUAUCCUGCUCGUGGCAUCCUUGGCCGCCGUUGCCUUUGCUGAAAAGGUUUCACACAACCACGAUCAUGAUCCCUACGACAAUGACCGCUACGAUCCAGAUCCCUACGACGAUAGAGGUCACCACGGAGGUUCCUCCUACGACGAUUCGUAUAACAAGAAACCGGACUACAACUUCCACUACAAAGUCAAGGACAAGUACUACAACGACUUCGGCCACUGGGAGGAGCGCAAAGGGUACCUCACCAAUGGCUGGUACUAUGUGGUGCUGCCAGACUAUCGCAGACAGAAUGUGCAUUACACCGUCGAUGGGAACAAAGGCUACGUAGCCACGGUCACCUACACCCACGAACCAAAACCUAAGUACAAGAAUCACAAGGGCGGCCACAACCAUGGCUCUUACGAAGAUGACUCAUACAAGCCUCGCUCAUACGAAGAUGACACAUACAAGUCUGGUUCAUCUGAACAUGGGCCAUACAGGCCAAAACCUACAUACAAGCCAGACUCCCAUGAACAUGGUACAUACACGCCGAGGCCUUAUUACUAGCGUGCUGCCGCCCGCCACAACCUGCCAGUAGCGCCGCCACUCAUCGCCGCGUCUCCUCUUCCCUAUGCAUAUAAUGUUUAAUGUCCACGUAGCAACCUGUGUUCAUGAUUUAUAAUAAAACAGUUUUCAAUACACUUUAUACUAAUUCCG